AUGAUAUUGUCUAUUGUAAGGAACAAUUCGAAACGUCUUUUCUUUCUAUUGAAUGUUUUCCUGUUUAUCUUGAAUUCAAUAAUUCUAUUUCAUCAACAAUCUAUUCGAACCUGUGUAAAUACUUCAAUUUCACAUCCUACUACAAGACAAAAUGAUAUUGAUAACAAUGACUAUACUCCACGUCUUCAUCAACCGUUAACGUCACUUAUAUUACGUGGUCUUUUAGUUUUUUAUCCACAGAGUCAAGAAGAAGAGUAUUCACCUGAAUUACUAUGGUUUUAUCGUUCGUGGCUUGAAAUGAUGCAACAGGAACCUUUCAUAUGGAGAACGGAUCUUAUUAUUUAUACAGAAAAAUACACUUUACCACUUCAACAACUUGGUUGUAUUUACAAUCGUAUUCGAACAAAUAAGGGUGAACUACCACAAUGCCGAGUUUUUCCUUAUCAAACUUUAGAUUUUCGUAAUGGAACAGAUGAAAUUGAUAAGACUAACAUGUAUUUAUAUCAGCAAUUUGAUAAAAAUCGUUCAAUGGCAUUAAUGGAAUAUACUAAAAAAUAUCCAUAUAUAGAUUCAAUCAAUAUAAUUGCUGAAUGUUAUCCAUCAUUUACUAUGUAUGAUUAUAUAUUGCGUACAGAUAUAGAUGUUUUUCUUACAAAAAACUUCGGUCAUUUUGUUCCACAUAAGGAUACAUUACUUGUUGGAAAAGGUGGUUAUUCGACAGCGUUUUCUGCGAGACGUUUAACACGUAUUGCGAAAGAUAUGAAUUGGAUGCAUGCAAAUAUAACCAAUAUCGGAUCUACUUGGUAUGGACCACCACACAUAGCUCAACGUAUUGCAAAUUUUAGUUUAGAAGCUGUGUUACAUCUAUCAAUGAAUGAAUUUACACUACCAGAAAGACAAGGAAGAUUAGGUGAUGUACUUUGGCCUGAUUGGCAUUUUGGUGUGUUAAGCAUGUAUGGUACACAUUUAGCAGUAAAUCAUCUAAUCGUAGCUGAAAAUAUUCAUAUAGGUUUAGCUACAACGUUAUUAGAUCAAAAUACAGAUACAAAGGAUUUAUAUGAUAUAGAAAAAAACAAUCAUUUACAUUUACACUGUUGGCAUACAUUUGAACCGUUUUCAAAAUCCCUUUUCAAAGAUGGUCGUUAUAAUCAUAUAAAUCCUAGUACACUAAUGAACGAUACAUCGGCAUCUGGUUACGCAAUGCGAUUGGCAUUGGAAUCUCGUUUAAUGUCUUUCGGUGGUCUAAGACAAGCACUUCUUACUUCAAAAUCAUUACCAAAUUCAUAA